ACUCUUGUCAUGCUCAGCAAUGUGGCCUAUCUCCACGACCCUCUUUGUGUUUCUGACCCGGAAGAGUUCCGCCCUCGACGAUGGCUACGGGGAGAGAACCGGGAAAAAAUAGAGACAAUCCCACACGCCGCCUUCCUGCCAUUCGGGAUCGGAUCUCGAAUGUGCCUGGGUAAAAGAUUUGCGGAGCAGAUUUUGUAUCUUGGAUUGAUCAAGCUGGUACAGAACUACGAGAUGACGUUGAUAGAGGAGCCGGGACCCAUCAAGUACGAGGUGUUCCCCACCACUGACAAACCCUUGAGAAUCAACUUCAGUCCCAGAGGCAAAACAAUGUGAUUACUUGACUCUGCUGAUCGACUUCUUUUGAACAACAUUUUGUCCUAAAUGUUAAUUUGUUGUAAAACUUGAACGUCUCAUUCUACCCAAUUUAGAUAGUUCACGAGGUCAAUAGCUUUGCCCCUGGUGUGUACCAAAAACCAGAGCUGGCUGUGGUCAGCCCUCCCGACAGAAAACAGUGAUGCUGUAUAAAUCAUCUUCUUCAUUUGUGUGAAGGCAAAGGUGUCACGACAUGGUGGAAUCAGGCGCUCGUCAAUUUU